AUGGAUAGUUUUUCAACGAGAAAUACAUCAAAUCAAUUUGGAAUUCCAUCAAGUCCAGCGAAUUAUAUAUCUCCUGGAAAACGACCUGUGUCAUCAAUGUCACCAGUCAUUCUUUGGGAUAAAAUAAAAGAACAUUGGAUUCAAAUCUUAGGUGGAAGUGGAGGACCAAGAAUAACGACAAGUGUUGCACAAGUUUCUUUAAUUAAUUGGUUGUUUAAACAAAAUAUUAAAACAACAAUUGAUUCUUCACGAAUUCAUUCACAAUUAUUACCAAAUGAAAUUAUUGUCGAACAAGGAUUUGACGAAAAAAUAAUCAAUGAAUUGAAAAAACGUGGUCAUCAGAUCGUCUCUGCUGAUUCAAUUGGUUCAGCCGUUCAAGGAAUUGAAUGGAAAGAAGAAUUGAAUGAAUUUUGGGCAAAUUGUGAUCGACGGAAAGAUCCCGGAAUCUUUUCUUCAUUUUACUAUGAACAAAGUGAUCAACAUUCGAAGACUUCGGAACAUUUAGCACCACGACGAGGCCAAUGGUCUUCAGUAGAAGAAAUGGUUUCAUAUAUGGAGAAACCUUCUCGACUUUUUUCAUGGCCAAAAGAUGUUCUUCGUGAUUGUUGUUCCUAUGCAAUUGAUGAAAACAGCAAACUUCAUUGUACACCUGAAAGAGCUCGGCAUUUGUAUCAAAUAAGUGUUCAUCGAGAAUCAGAUAUUCGUCAAAUUGUUCAAAAUUCGAAAUUUAUUCACCAAAUCAAAGUUCAUGUUAUUCGAGCAGGUCUUUCUCAAUGGUUUCAAUAUGGUUACGAUACAUUAUUAAACGAUUCCAAUCAUUCAUUUCCUCAGGAACAACCCGAACUUGUUACUCAUUUUGUUAAAUUAUUUAUUCAACAACAUCAAAACACACGUUCAGAUCUUUAA